AUGAGGAGUGCAUCUCCGAGCAUGACAGCCGUACUUAACAGGUGGUUCCAUGGGCACCUUUCUGGCCGGGAGGCUGAGAAGCUGUUGACUGAAAAGGGCAAAAAUGGGAGUUUUCUUGUGCGUGAAAGCCAAAGCCACCCUGGAGACUUUGUGUUGUCUGUAAGAACUGGAGAUGACAAGGGAGAAAGCAGUGAUGGGAAAUCGAAAGUCACCCAUGUGAUGAUUCGCUGCCAGGAUCUUAAGUAUGAUGUCGGAGGAGGAGAGAAGUUUGACUCGUUGACAGACCUUGUUGAACAUUACAAGAAAAAUCCUAUGGUGGAGACACUGGGCACAGUACUUCAACUCAAACAGCCCCUGAACACAACUCGAAUCAAUGCAGCUGAGAUAGAGAGCCGAGUGCGAGAGUUGAGUAAGCUCGCUGAAGCCACUGAUAAGUUCAAGCAAGGAUUCUGGGAGGAGUUUGAGACGCUCCAGCAGCAAGAAUGUAAGCUGCUCUAUAGUCGUAAGGAAGGGCAGCGGCCUGAAAACAAAAAUAAAAACCGCUACAAAAACAUCUUGCCAUUUGAUCACACUCGAGUCGUUUUAAAUGAUGGUGAUCCCAAUGAACCUGGUUCUGACUAUAUUAAUGCUAAUAAAAUUAUGCCCGAGUUUGAUUCGAAGUGCAACAACACCAAGCUAAAGAAGUGUUACAUAGCCACACAGGGCUGCCUGCAGAAUACCAUCAGCGAUUUCUGGAGAAUGGUGUUCCAGGAGAACUCCAGGGUUAUUGUCAUGACAACCAAGGAAGUAGAACGAGGAAAGAGUAAGUGCUUGAGGUAUUGGCCUGAUGUGUCUGCACUCAAAGAGUAUGGAGCCAUGCGUGUUCGUAAUGUCAAAGAAACGUUGGCACAUGACUAUAUUCUGAGAGAGCUUAAACUCUCCAAGGUUGGGCAGGGCAAUACAGAAAGAACGGUGUGGCAGUACCACUUUCGGACCUGGCCAGACCAUGGUGUGCCUGGUGAUCCUGGUGGCGUGUUAGACUUCUUAGAGGAAGUCAACCAUAAGCAGGAAAGCAUCUUCGAGGCAGGGCCAAUUGUUGUGCAUUGCAGUGCUGGGAUUGGACGAACCGGGACCUUCAUUGUGAUUGAUAUACUUAUUGACAUCAUAAGGGAAAAAGGGGUAGACUGCGACAUAGAUGUGCCCAAGACCAUUCAGAUGGUGCGAUCGCAGAGGUCAGGAAUGGUUCAGACAGAAGCCCAGUACAGGUUCAUUUAUAUGGCAGUACAGCACUACAUAGAAACCUUGCAGCGUAGGAUUUUGGAGGAGCAGAAGAGUAAAAUAAAAGGAAGAGAAUACACCAACAUUAAGUAUUCUUUGUCUGAUAUGACAGCAGGUGACCAGAGUCCUAUCCCUCCUUGCACACCCACCCCGUCCUGUACAGAUAUGAGAGAUGACAACUCUAGGGUGUAUGAAAAUGUGGGACUGAUGGCUCAGCAGAAGAGAUGAGGUUAACCUUAAUUAAUGUUCAAAUUGAAUGAAAAGGAGCCUCUUUUUUUAGAUUGUUGUAAAUUGCUGCAUAAAUCUUCAGAAGUGAUACAAGAAAACAGAAAAUGAAGACUGAAUAUUGAAGGCUUGGAAAGCUUUUUGUAUGGUGUUAACCCUUUCAUUAUUCUGUUUACUACAUGUUUUUAUCCUAAAUGGAGAGAACAAUAUUCUAUAUGAAGCCUGGUCCUUCUAAUUUCUCCUGUGAAUAUUGUAUCCGGGAACUAAACUGCACUCAUCGAAGGGCAGAGGCUGUGAAAUCCUUUUUUUUUUUUUUAAAUUAAUAAGUGUAUAUGUUUAACAAGUUCAUUUGAGAUCAGCCAACUUGCCACAUGUCUACAAACAGUGUUCUUGGAAGUGAAAACAAUUCCUUUUUUUUUUAGGAUAACAUUGUGUGACAAAUAUUAAUCCCAUUCCUUAUUGUUUGUUUUAUUGCCUCUCAGAGUAUAUGCAAGUUAAGUCUGGAAAAUUUUGCCUCAACCUAAGAAGGACAUUUAAGUGGUUGAAGGUAGUUUGUUUUCCCAGUUUUGGGUUAUUUUCAAAAUGAUUAAGACUUUGAAUAAUAAUGAAGGUGAUGUUAUUUUCAUCACCCAAAAGUUGCAUAUACAAAGGAGUUGUAACAUAUUAGUGUAGAAGAUGAGUUAUUUUUUAGAAUAUUUUUCAUCGCCUUACCUUCUACUACAAGUGUUUGUGUGUCCCCCACUCCCACCUUCACCACAAAGCUCGAUCUCAAGUCUAUCGUUUUAAGGAUUAGAGGUUGCCUCAUUUCUCAGGUGGCUUGGUUAUGAAGAAAACUGCACUUGCACGUUAAGAGGAGCUGUUCUUCUGUACGCUGGAGCAGGAGCCUUGGCUUUAUGAAUGAUUAAUACAUUAGAGUGGACAAGGAUGUAACUGCAGAGUUAAUAGCGGUGACGCAGCAGAGUUAAUAGCGGUGACGCAGGAGUUUUAAAAUCCGUUUUGUGCUUCGUCAGUGUCUCGAUUGUGCCCGAAGGAGGCAAAAUAUAACAGGCCUAGCUAUUGCCAGACACCAAAUAAAGAAGAAGAAUGCCUGGGUUUAUUUUGAUUUUACUUUUUAAAGAUUUAUACAUUCAAAAGAAAAAAAAACACAUGUUUUAGCAAUAUGAACAAGCAGGCAAAAAAGAAACCUUUUUAACCAGAUUAGCCUAAGGCAUUAACAGUGUUGUGUUGGAGGAAAAAGAUGCAAUUGUGUUUGGUUGGAUUGUAAGAAAGCACAGUGUCAAGGGUUUGCUUGUGCCAGAAUGUUCACUUGAUUUAAUUUUAAGCAGACGUUUCUAAAGAGGACAUUGAGAUGAAUGUACAAAAGCAGUAAAUGACUUGGGACUUGUCAUGAUGCAUAUAGCAGUGAUAAUAUGGAGGUUGGUUAUGGCCAGGGUGUGUACCAGUAUUAGGUUGGUUUGGAAUGUGGUAGAAUAUCGUGUCAAGUUUUGGUAGGAUUUUUUUGUUUGAUGACCCUCACUUUUGUAUUUUUCAAUUCUAUCUAAAUUGCUUUGUUGGACAAGGCAGCAGACCAGACUUGCAGUGGCACUCCUGCCGCUUAUUGUUCAGCAGUGUCUUUCUUUGGGCAUAUGUGACAUUUUGGUUUUCUAAUGGAGAACCUGAUCAUGGAAUAUGAAGCAUGUGUGUUCAGCUCCUUGUAUUUAGCAAUGUCCAUACAGUUCUGUUAGGUUCAGCACAAUAAAGUGGGCCUUCAGUGUUCACCUUCACCUUUUACAUGGGCCUCCCUAACUAUCGCUGUCCAACUGGGCUUUAUUUUACAAUUUUAUUUGUUCUGCUGUACAUUGAGGAUGAAGUUGUUUCCCCCUAGCUAUCUGCUGAUGUAAUUUAACUGAAAGUAACAGCGUACAGACUUUAUUAGCCUUUGUGAAGAUGAUUCAGAGCUCAGUGGAAACGGGAUAAAGAAUACGGUUAGUCAGUUAUUUUCGUUUAGAAAUUACAGUUAGCAGGAAAUUCGCCUUUUAAUGCUGGCACGUGUCUGCGUGAGUUCGGUGAAUUGACAGUGGUAAAUUGGCUCUGGCACAAGUGAGUGUGUUUGUGAGAGCCCUGCACUAGACUGCCAUUUUUGGGUGAAGAAUUAAGAAAGAAACAGACAGAAACUUUAAACAUGACUUGUACCAUAAUGUCUAUAUGCAUACCUGUGAUGGCCUGGCACCCUUGUGCCCUCUGCCAGUUGGGAUAGGCUCCAGCACAUACCCUCACCCCACCUGUGACCCUGGUCUGGGCUGAACAGAUUAAAAAAUGACAGGACAUCAGACAUUUCAAGUAAUAGCCUUUCUUUAUGUCACUGAAGUGAAGGAGGAUUAUUGGAUCUGUUUUCAACAAGACUUUGAAUUUACUUGGAAGUAUAAAGUAACAAUGUCUUUUUUUUAUAUUAUUUGUUAGAACAAUAAUAGUAAGCAAAAUUUAAACACUGAUUGUAUCCUUUUGAUCUUAACUUGUUUUGCCAGUGGAGACACAAGUCUUGUCCAUUUACUGCAGUAUAGUUUUCAGAGAUUUUUUUUUCAUUAUUCUCAGUUUCUCCUUCCCAGCUUGCAUUGCUGAAGACGCAUAAUUAUGUAAGGAAUCAUUUUUAGAUGUUUUAUUCCGUAUUUUUUUUUCUUUUCUUCCUCCACAUUACAUACAUCAGGAGGCCUUCCAAAUAGGUGUGAAGCUUCUUGCUUUCCCUGCUUGUUACAGUUCUGCUUAAUUACGCGCCCCAAACUGCAGAUGUCUAGACUACAGUUUAACACUAACCUGCCUCGCCAAAAUAAUAAUAAUUAUAAUAAUAAAAAAAGCCGUGUUUCCCUUUUCUUGUAGCCAUAGGGUGGAAUCUGUUUCAAUCAGAGCUUAGUUUGGCUUCUUUACUCCUAUUUUCAUGUCUUUAACCUGUAAAGCCAUCAGCUUUGCUGUAACAAAUGUGGAGAGUCAGGUGAUCGUAAUCCGGCCCUGAGUUUCUUAUGCAGUAUGUUAAAUAUUUUACAGACAAAUGUAUUACAAGAUUAUGAUUAUGAUCAUGCAGAAUGCUUACUACCUGUCUGUGAACCAACCAGCCUUGUGAAAUCGAGGCUGCUAACAAAGCCAGACUUCUUAACGACAGCUGAAUCAAAAUCCAGAAAGUGUUCUUUUACUGUGGAACUGUUUGCAGCUUUUCUUUAAUGGAUGAAAAAUAAAACGUUACUUAAUGAAGUCUGUGGAAGUAUUUAAACUUGGGAUGACGUCACUUUGUAUUGCCCAGGGCUGACCUGGAUAUGCCGGGCCACUCGCCCUCCUGUCUGUUAGGUGAAAAGCUGCACCUAAUUGGAAGAUGUCAGUGGUGGGGCUGCUACUUGAUACAGAAUGUGACGACAGAGUUCACUGGUUUUGUGUUUUUCUCACAAGCCCCAUAUUUUUAUACAUUAGGACAUGUAAAGGUAAAUUAUUUUUUUUUUUUUGUGGAUUGCACAUAAUCAUGGAAAUGUUGUGAACUGAUCAUUGGAAUGCUGGAUGUAAACCUCAUUGGGUUUUUAAAUAUUUGGGGAUGACUGAACUUUUUACUGAGUUAACUUUUCUAUCGGGAUUGGGACAAAAGGAUGUUUCCAUUGGUUUUGAUUUUGUUUUUUUUUUUAAUUAUGAGGUGUUCCCUUCAAGCUACUUGUGUACAGUGGUGAAGGAGUGUGACUUCCCUUUUCUCCUGAGUAGAGUUGUACAAUGGUUAAUGAAAAAGGUAACGACAAUUUGAAAGUGACUCUGUAACCAUAAUGGAUAGAAGCUGACGACGCAGUAUAACAUGUUGGUGGUUUCUUAUGGGUUGUUCGAACACGCACCAUUAGUCUGGCGGCAGCUAAGCUCAAAUGAACGUGGAUAUUCCCCUCUAGGAUUGCACCAUCAUUAGAACAACGUGCGGUAGAGAGAUUUCUUUGAGCAGAGGGAGUGACACCUGCUGAAUUUAACCAAAGUUUGUUGGUUCAGUGCAGAAGUGAAAACCGCAGGACUCAAUAAUACGUUUAAGAAGUGGGAAGAACAAGUGUAACCGAUGGAGGUCGAUCUGGUCGACCCGUCCACACAGGCCCACAUCAACAUGGCAAAUUCCUUCAUCGGGGAAGGCUGGCGGAUUACAUUGUUCCGCUGUUACGGCAUAUUUGGAUCAGCAAAUAGCAUAAUGAAUGCAUUGUGACUUGGGGUACCAUAAAGUUGGCACAAGAUGAGCGCCCGUACAUCUUACCGAUCUGCACAAGCCAAAAUCCUUUGGUGAGUUUCAGCAGGUUUUACUCCCGCUGCGCUAAAACAAUCUCGCUACAGUGCAUUGUUCAGCAAUGGUGCAGUCCCGCAGCAGACCAUCCAUGUUCGUUUGACCGUAGCUUCAUGUAGACUAAGAGCAGAGCGUUGUGCUGUGUGCUCGCAUUACCCAUAAGCCAUUACGAACAUGUCGUAUCGUAUCGGCUUCUACCCAUUGUGCCUACCGUGUGAUAUUCAAAUUGCUUUUACUUUUUGAUUGACCCACAUAGUUUUCUGUGUUCCUGGAUGAUGCCACUUUACUUUAAAAAGUCAUUGUGAACUUGUAGAAGAUGAAAAGAUGAAGAAAAGGAGAGGCUGGGUGACAUUCUGGUGAAGCAAAUGCAAGCCAACAAACUACAUUUUUCUUCCAUUUGGCAGCCAGCCUUCUCUGCUAUACUGAGGAAGAGGUUCACCUGCAGUAUUGAGGUACAUUACGGUGUCACACUUGCGAUUUCUGUCAGCACUAGCGUGCCACCAUCAAGACUGGCAGAGGGUGGACAUGAUGUUUCGAAUUUAACAAAACAUUUGAUUGUUCAGAUUCUUUCCAAAUAACAGCUUAAAGUCAAAAACAAGCUGGCGCUUUUUUCUGUCUCUCCUACUCAUCAGCUUGUGUGUGUGUGUGUGUGUAGGCUGUUUACUUAAUUUUCAGGCAGUAAUGAAUACCUGACACUAAAUGUGAAUGUUCUUGUCUCAUAUGAUAUCUUUUGUAUAAAAAAAAGGGAAAUUAUGAAACACACUGCAAACAGACUAUAUAUUUUUUAAAAUCCUGUAACAUGUAUAUGAAUAAAUUGUUAAAAUAUUGAAUACUGUCCAUUGAAAUAAUGAAACAGUGUAUAAACAACGUAACCUGUAUCCUGGUAUUUACUUUAUACCUAGAGUUGAAAAUAUAUAUUUUUUUGCAAGGCCUUUGGUGAAAAGCGAGCCUAUUAGUGAAGUGAAGAUUAAAGUUUAUUUAUGUGUUAUGCAGAAUACAUUUUUGCUUGACUGCCAUCGUCAAUUGCAGUAGCCGAGAUAACAUGGAGGAUCACAGAUGUUAGGACUGUAUGUGUCACUUUCCUGUCCCAUACAUCAUAUGACAUAUUUACACUAGAGUGAAAUGUGGAUUUAAUGUACAGACCCAUUUGUGAAUGUUGAGUCUGUUUUUUAUGUAUUUAUGAAGGUUUAUGUGGGUGUUAGCCUAAUUGCUUUGCUAUUUGUGCUGUUAUUUUUUUCCUUUUUUUUCAGUCAUACCCUAUUAGAGUAACAACUGUAUUUGUAAAGUGUAUCAAAACUAAACAUAGGAAUAAAAAAAAUCAUUUUAUA